GAGACAGUGAGAGUGAGAGUGUUUUGGAGAAAGAGAAAUCAAAUCAAUGGAAGGGGGGAAUAGGGCGGAAGCGGAGCGGUGGCUGUACACGGCCAACAAGCUCCUGAGUGCACGUGACCUGCAUGGAGCUCGGUCAUUUGCCAUCAGGGCCCGCGAGUGUGACCCACGCUUUGAAGUCACGGAGCUACUUCUCACCGUAAUCGACACCCUCGUGGCCGGCGAGGCCAGGAUCAACGACCUCGUUGACUGGUACAGCAUUCUCCAGGUUAUUCGCUACUCACAUAAUCUCGACUACAUCGCCGCCCAGUACCGCCGUCUCGCUGCCAUUCUUGAUCCACACCGCAACCCUUUCGCGUUCUCCGCCUACGCCUUCUCCCUCGUCAACGACGCAUGGUCCGUACUCUCAAACCCUUCCAAGAAAGCAAUCUUCGAUAACGACCUCAGGCUCCUUACCGAACCUCCUCCUCCUCCUCCGCCUCCUCCGCCCCAACCCGCCCCUGUUCCUAUCGUCCCUCAAGCUUUUCCAAUCUUGCAGCAGAGGCAUAAUCUCAACAACCACCAAAACAAUCAUAAUCAAAGCCACGACUUGAACCAGAACCAGAACCACUUCCUCCACCAGAAUCCGAAUCAGAAUCAGAACCACCUCAUCAACCAGAAUCAGCAGCAGCGACAGCGUCAGCAGCAGCAGCAACAACAACAAGAGGAGGAACGGCAAAGGCAACAACAAGAGGAGGAACGGCGAAGGCAACAACAAGAGGAGGAACGGCAACGGCAACAACAAGAGGAGGAACGGCAAAGGCAACAACAAAAGGAGGAACGGCAAAGGCAACAACAAGAGCAAGAGCAAGAGCAACAGAAACGGCGAGAACAAGAACAAGCGCUGCAACUUCAACGGCAACAACAAGAGCACGAGCAAUGGAAACGGCAACAACAAGAACAGGCGAAACUGCAACUGCAACGGCAACAGCAACAGCAGCAGCAACUGUUUUCACUGAGUAAGAACGCUAUAUCGACGGAAGCUCCCAGGGUUGUGGUGGUUGAGGAGGAGGAAGAGGAGGAGAGGCCGAGUCAGGACAAUGUGACUCAGCUGACUGAGCCAACUCGGCCGGCUAGGGCUACUGAGUCGAUUGAAACCGAGUUGAACGGAGCUUUCUGGACUGCGUGCCCUUACUGUUACGGUUUGUUUGAGUAUCCGAAGGUGUACGAGGAGUGUACCUUGCUGUGCCAGAGCUGCCGGAGGCCUUUCCAUGCGUUGGCGGUGAGGUCGCCGCCGGAGUUGACCGGGAAAGACGGGUUCAUGUCCUUCUGCAGUUGGGGUUUUAUGCCGCUAGGGUUUUCUGGUGAUUUCAAGGAUAUAAGUGGUUCUGCUUCUCAAUGGAACCCUUUCUCUGCUUUGGUUCCUUGUCCUCUCAAAGGUGCUGACAGAUGGAGACAUCUGAGAGGGCCUUGGGCUUACUAUGAUGAUGAGGCUGCCGCCGCGUUUGUCGAGCAUUCCGAUACCACGGAAGAUGAUUCUGAUGAUGAUGAUUGGAGGAAUAUUAAUGCGAAUAAGAAGGUGGGGAGGAAAAGAAGAAGAAGAAGAAGGAAUAGGAAGAGUUCUGCCACCACUGCUGGUGGCAAUGCAAGCACACCAGUGGAGAGGCCUAGGAGAGGGGUUCGUAACCGUGCUGGCAAUGCUGGUGUGGAAAAUGGUGAGGCUGUUGGUGCUGGCUCUGCAGCAGUGCCCAUUGCAGCUAGGCUAGAAUCUGGCAAGAAAGCUGCAUUGGCAAGUUUGAGGAGGAGGGGUGCUGGUAAUUUGGGGAAGUUGGAUCUGAAUGUGGAGUUUAGUAAUGAUGUGGAGGAGACUGGCCAUGGAGUACGCGAUAGGGCGAAUGCAGGUGGGACGGGUAAUGCGGAGGAUAACAUUGAAGGGAUUGGGUUUUUUGAAGGGCUUGAUGAGUUCUUGAGCAGCUUGCCUAUUCUCAAUGCUGUUGCAGAUGAUAAGGUUAAGGGUCAUUAGUCUUUCAGUGACUUUUUUUUUGUUUAGUUAUUAUUGUAGACUUUUGGUAUGGUUGGUACUCAUGCUGAACUUUUGUGAAUUCUGGUUAUGUUAGUCUUAUAAUAACUUCAGCAAUACCUCCUUAUUUUUGUUUUGACCUGUUUGAGGAGGAUGACUUAAUUUUGUGUAGAUUCUGCAUGUUUUUUUGGGAAGCAUAUAAUGCUCAUUGGAUUUUAGUUUA